UAAAAAAAGAACAUAAAACUGUCCUAAAAGCAAAAACCAAACCCACAAAAGAGAAUAGUUAUUAGAUUCUGUAGGUUUUUUUUUUUUGAUACCUUUGAAACAAAGACAAUACUUAUAAAUUCUUCUCAGAUUUUCUAAAAGCUCUUCAGGGAUCGAAUAGUCAUGGCAACUGCAACUAUGGCCACAGCAGCAGGAGCAGCUGCUCUUUUGUACUACACAUUGAACCGUAAAUUACAGUCUGGUAGGUCUCAUGGAGAUGAUGAUGAUGAUGAUGAAAAUGGUAGUGAUGCACCCAAUGACAUGCCUGUAGGUGUUGAACGCAUUUCGCAUAGGCUAAUUCAAGCCCCAGCGACGUGGGUUGAGACAAUUUCGACGUUGUCAGAGACUCUUAGGUUUACAUACUCCGAGACUCUGGGGAAAUGGCCCAUUGGGGAUUUGGCAUUUGGGAUCAACUUUCUUCUAAAGAGGCAGGGACAAUUACAUGUUGGCAGUGUAUUUGGUGGUAAAGACAGUUUACGGCUUGAAGGAGGUCCAGAUAAAAUUGUUGAACUCAGAUGCCACUUAAAUUUGUUGACAAUAUGUUGGCAUUUUUCAAAAAAGCCGUUUCCUGUGUUUUUAAAGGAGACUGGUUAUUCUGCGGAGAAUGUUCUCCUUCAGGAACCCAAAGCAGGAAUUUUAAAGCCAGCGUUUACAAUUCUAGUUGACCACAGCAUGAAAUGUUUUAUCUUAGUGAUUCGUGGGACACAUAGUAUCAAGGAUACUUUGACGGCGGCAACUGGAGCUGUCGUACCAUUCCAUCACAGUGUUGUGUAUGAGGGAGGAGUCAGCAAUUUGGUUUUAGGAUAUGCGCAUUGUGGAAUGGUUGCAGCCGCUAGAUGGAUUGCAAAGCUUGCUACUCCUUGUCUUAUUAAAGCGCUUGGGGAAUAUCCUGGUUAUAAAAUUGAGAUUGUAGGGCACUCUUUAGGUGGAGGCACUGCAGCACUACUAACAUACAUACUGCGAGAGCAGAAAGAAUUGUCAACAACCACCUGUGUUUCAUUUGGCCCAGCUGCUUGUAUGACGUGGGAAUUGGCAGAAUCAGGCAUUAAUUUUGUUACAUCUGUUAUUAAUGGAGCUGACUUAGUGCCUACAUUCUCAGCUGCUUCGGUGGAUGAUUUGCGUGCUGAGGUGACAGCGUCUGCUUGGCUAAAUGAUCUGAGGAAUCAGAUUGAGCAUACAAGAAUUUUCAGUACUGUCUAUCGUUCUGCUUCGGCACUGGGUUCUCGUCUCCCGUCUAUUGCAAGUGCUAGAGCAAAAGUUGCUGGGGCUGGGGCAAUUCUUCGUCCUGUUUCCAAUGGUACACAGGUUGUGAUGAAGAGAGCUCAGAGCAUGGCUCAGGCAGCAUGGACACGUCCUGCCCUUGGCGUUUCUUCUUGGUCAUGCAUGGGUCCCCGUCGUCGGGCCACAGCUGCUCAUACAAAAGAGGAGGAAAGCUCUCUUGAAUCUUCUGCUGCCAAUGCAGAAACUUCUGAGCAUCUUCUUUCAUCCCCAAAUAAAACUGCAACCACAACUGUUAUUGAAGGCAUUGACCUUCCUGUAGCUUCAUCUGUAGGAAUGGAAUGGACUUCAGAAAUUGAGUGUUCUUAUUCUGAUGAAAUAGGUCCAGAUGCUAAUGGGGAUGCUGAUGUGAAUGAUGUUGAGGAUCUCAUUAGCCACAAUAGUCAUGAAGACCGAAUGACUGAAGUUGAGUUAUGGCAACAACUUGAGCAUGAGCUUUAUGAUAGGACGGAAGGUGAGGAGGCUGAUGUGGCAAAGGAAAUAAGGGAAGAAGAAGCAGCAGCCAUUGCAGAGGUAGGUGAGGAUCAGCCAGAGAGUUCUACACAAGAGAGAAAGGAAGCGCAUAGAUUUUUCCCCGCUGGGAAGAUUAUGCAUAUCAUUACCUUUUACUCAGAUGGGGCAGAAAGUGGAAGUGAUGGUAGCCCUACCACAAGUGGCUUAGACAAUGGCCAGCUAGAAGACACUACAGUAGGGAUUUUCCUCACUCCGAGAUCACUGUAUAGUAAACUCAGGUUGUCGCAAACCAUGAUUAGUGAUCAUUUUAUGCCGGUCUAUAGAAGGCAGAUUGAGAGACUAAUAAAAGAUUUUGAGACAGAAAAAGGUGUCGAUGACCAUAAAACUGGAGAGGUAGUGUUAUAGAAAAUGCAGAUUUUUAAGCCAACAUUUGUUAAUAAACAUAAUACCAAAAGGAACUGUAGUUGUUUACCUUGUUGAUUUUGAAGCCAUUGCUUUCAUCCCGAGUUAAUGGCUACCUAGAAAGAAUGGUCCAUUGCUUUGCUGCAAUGGGAAAGCAUGGUGGUGGAAGCAACCACAGUUAAUGGUCUGACUGGUGAACUAAGGAACAUAAUUGGUUGUUCUCAUUUUUGGCUGCUCUGUUUGUUAGGGAAAGGUGUUAAGGUGGUGUCAAUUAUGUAAACAGUAUCCAAAUCCUAGCCUUGUGUAAAUUAGUAUUUUUGAGUUAAAAAUUUUGAUUCUUUUUGUAA